CAAAGCCACAAAAUUCCUGCCUCCUGUGAUGUACCCAAUAUAUUUAAGAAUACGCUGCAAAUUUUUUCCUUACAGCUGUGUCCAGAGAAACAGUGCAGAGGAAGAGUCUCAACAUGGACCCCCAGCAACUUUUCCAGAAAGAAAUGUGGGAAAAACAGUCUGAAUCAUCUAUAUUAAUGAGUGAACUUUCAGCUUCUGAUAAUAUCCACAAGUGCAACAUUGAACCACAGUCAGGAAACACGGAGAAGCUUAGAAAAGGCAAAGAAUGGCACUCCUCCAUGCUGCCGUACUGCCUUCUAGGGAUUGGGAUUCUACUUGUCUUGAUGUCCAUUGGCAUUCUAAGUGUCUUGUAUAAAUUAAAAGCUCUUCACGAAAAAGAAACCAAUAACAUGCAGGGAAUGCAGGACAAGCAGUUGCCUUUAAAGUCCUUUCAGUCCACAGCAGAUCUCAGUGAAGGUCUUCAGAUUCUUAAGGAAGUGAAACUCACUCAAGAAAUCAUCAAAACCAUUGGAGAUACAAUCCAGACCAGCCAUCAGUCUGUCCACAAGCAAGGACUAAAAUUUGCCCAGGAUUUGACCAACACUCAAGAACUGGUACAAAAUCUCAUUGCCUUGCAAAAACAAGCAGAGACAAGCACUAUCUCCAUCCAGAGAGAUCUACAGGCCCUGACUCACACAGAAAUUCAAGUUCUCAGAAGUGUGGAACGAAUGGAGUUUGCCCUCCAGAAUCUGAGCAUCCAGAUCAUGGAGAGUGAGCUCAGCGACAAUGAACAAGUGCUACAUCUUUUUGAAGAGAUAAAACUGACAAAGGCAACAGCUGAAAAUCUUAGCGUCGCCCUGGAGGCCACUCAAGAAGAAGGUUCUACAAUUCUUCAAGGCUUGAAAUCAGCACAACAUGAAAUCCAGAAUCUCAGCUUGUCCUUGGACAGCCACACCAGAGAUAUUACAGACCAAGAAUGGCUGCUGGUUCAGGAUAUUAAGCAAAUAGAUUAUGCAAUACAGGCUCUGGGAGUACAACUCAAGGAAUAUCUGAUAAAUGACACCGAACAAGGGCUGCAGCUUCUGCAAGAGAUUAAAAAUGUCAAAGAAACAACAGAAAACAUCAGCUUAUCUCAGGUGGAUCUUCAAGAUCAAGAUCAAGUUUUAAAGGCUGCCCAGAACCAGACGGAUAUGCUGCACAUGGUACUCAGCAUACUCUUUAAGGUUGCUGGUCUAGAUUCCUGUCCAACCAAUUUCCAGCAUUUUAAAGACAGCUGUUAUCAUUUUUCAACUGAAACAAAGCAAUGGCAAGAGGCUCAGACUUUCUGCUCCACGUUGAAGUCACACCUUCUUGUCAUUAAUGAUGCAAAUGAACAAAAUUAUGUCAAAACAACUGCCAAAGGAGAAGUAUUUUGGAUUGGACUACAUGAUAGUGUGAAUGAAGGAGCUUUUCAGUGGGUGGAUGGCACAGACUUUACAAAUGUAGACAAGUUCUGGGAUGAGAAUCAACCGGACAAUUGGAAAGACGGUGAAGAUUGUAUUAACAUUAGCUCUUCUGGUAAAUGGAAUGAUAACAUAUGUACAUCAAAGUUAAAAUUCAUUUGUGAGAUGAAAAAAAAGAGCCUUGAUGACUGGAUUCAGGAGCAAAUGGAGGCAAUCAACUUAAAAAGGCACAGCAAACUUACAAGACAGCAAUGAAACCAAAG